GGACAUGCUCUGUUCUCAGUUUAGCCCAGAUACUUGCCAGACAGGAUCUUUCUCUAGUGUCAUUUUAAAGAGGUCCAAAGGUAAAUGUAUGCUAACAUGAAGAUUAAGAGAGUUGUGUUGGCAUCAAGGCCUGGAAAUGAUAGGGAACCUGUGGAAGAGAAUUUUCGUCUGGAAGAACUGACCCUGUCGGAGGAGCUCAUAGAGGGACAGGUUUUGGCUCGGACACUGUUUCUUUCUGUGGAUCCCUACCUGCGCUGCCGUAUGAAUGAAGACACAGGCACGGAUUAUAUUGGGCCAUGGAAGAUCUCAGAGGUUCUAGACAGUGGCGGGAUCGGAGUUGUGGAGGAGAGCAGAACCAGCCAGUUCACUGCUGGAGACUUCAUCACAAGCUUUAAUUGGCCUUGGCAGACAAAGUGUAUUUUGAAUGGUGACUCUCUGCAAAAACUGGACCCCAGUCUUGUGGAUGGACAUAUUUCCAACUAUUUAGGAGCUGUUGGUUUGACUGGCCUGACUGCAUUGAUUGGUAUAAAGGAGAAAGGUCAUGUGAUUCCUGGAGCCAAUCAAACUAUGGUUGUUAGUGGUGCUGCUGGGGCUUGUGGUUCAUUGGCUGGUCAGAUUGGGCGCAUUCUUGGCUGCUCCAACAUCGUGGGAAUAUGUGGCACAGAACAGAAGUGUAAACUUUUGGUUUCUGAUUUGGGCUUUGACAGUGCUGUAAACUACAAGGAAUAUGGCUUGGAUGAAAAACUGAGGGCUUGCUGUCCGAAUGGUGUGGACGUGUACUUUGACAACGUUGGUGGAGAGAUCAGUGAUAAAGUCAUCCAUCAGAUGAACCAGAACAGCCACAUAAUUUUAUGCGGGCAGAUCUCUCAGUACAAUAAAGAUGUAUCUUAUCCACCACCUCUCCAUGCAGAAACAGCAGCCAUCCUAAAGCAAAGGAACAUUACAAGGGAAAGAUUUUUGGUGCUGACUUAUGCAGACCAACACAAUUCUGCCAUUGUGCAGCUCAGUCAGUGGAUCAAAACGGGCAAACUAAAGGUUAAAGAAACAACAGUGCAUGGACUGGAGAACACUGCAGGUGCCUUUCUCUCCAUGAUGGCUGGGGGUAACAUCGGAAAGCAGAUUGUACAAGUGUCUGAAUAAUGCUUUGUCAUUAAAUACAUAAUUAAAAAAAGUAAUUAAGUUCUGUGAAUACACAUUAUCCUUAGAUGUGUGCACAUACUUUAUCCGCAUCGUAAUUAAAAAUAAAACUACUUAGGGAAUUGCUUUAAGCAAUUAAGGAAGCCCCUCCGUCCCUAAUUGCUUAAAGCACUCUCCUAGGGUCUGUCGCUUCUCCUAUACGUAACCUUAGAACGCAGAGCAGUGGGUUGUUAUUUGCCUUUUCUGGCUACAUCAUGUCUGUUGCCCAGGUUCCCAACACUGAUUUCUGAUCAGGAGUCUGCACACUGGGAGUUGAUCUUAUGCUGGUUUCCAGUGCACAUGCUCCUGGGCAGUGAACAAAGCCUGGCUACCUGAUGUGACACAGCCAGACGUGGUUCUAGUUAAGGGACCAUAAUACAUAAGUAUAUUGGGGUAUGUCUGCACCUAUAACGUCAUAGAAACACUGCAUUGGGCUAGUGGGUCCUGUAGUUAACACUUGUGCCUUUAGACGGGCUGGAGUGUUUUUAGACUUUGGGGAUUUAAUAUUUGGACAAGGUUUGCACACCAAAAAGUAGCUAGCUGGUCAUAAUGAACUACACUCUGGGGAAAUAAUACCCUUGCACAAUUUAGGUCCUUCCAGAUGGCAACCUUUGGGCUUAAACAGUUUGCCAAACAAAAAGAGGAAUUUGGUCUGCAAAACCGUAUGCUGAUUCCUCCAAUUAGGAGACUCAGUUCCUUGGGUGAGCCACUACUAUUACCGAAACCAACCUCAAAUGUUAUCUCCGUAGGCCUGAGCUUUCCAAAUCCGUCAGCAGGUUUUAUACUAUUUUACUGCAAGGGAAUCUUUAUUCUAUUAUGGGCCCAGGAUUUCCCUCAACUGGAUGAGGAAACCUGAAAAGAUAUACAUAUUAAAUUUCUCAACAGAGUUUAUUUGACCCCACACAGGCUGGUGCAAAUAUACCAAAGUUAUCCAGAUGUUUUUGUGAAAUGUAAUCUAGACCAGGGCAGUUAUUUUUAUGUGUUCCAGGAUUGUUCCAAAAUCCAGCAGUUUUGGGCCACAAUACUCGCCUAUAUUGACUCUUCUGAGCAGAUAACUGAACACCCACAUUCUGCUUGCUGGGACAUACUGAAGGCCUUACUCUAUCCUCCAGUGAUAGGUUGUGCCUACAACAGCUCCUUCACUAUGCCAAAAAGGCUAUUCUAUAGAGAUGGAAAGCCACGGAACCUUUUACCCUGAGCUUUUAGACCAAAUUGAUUGAUGAUACAUUCCCACAACAAAAACUGACUUGCUUGGCAUGAGGAUACCCUGCCAAGUUAAAAAAAAUAUGGAACCGUUGGUUGGCCGACCCACAAACAGGGAGUGCAUCACAUUAAUACAGACUAAGUUGGAUGUUUUAGAAUUCUUAGGGAUGUAGCCCUGUACUAUUAGGCUAUGUUAUACUAGCACCCAUCAUUACUUUUUUUUUUUUCUUAUUUAUUUCUUUCUACCUCUCACUUCUUUCCCUCUUCUAUGGUUUUCCUAAAAUGAAUAAAGAAGAUAUUAAAAAAAAAA